AUGAUGAUUUAUGAAAUCAUAAUAUUAGUGUCUAUAUUAAUUUUAAUAUUUGCUGGCUUCAGAUGGGCAUUGCCUUUAUGUUUUGCUUUUCAUUUUAAAAGAAAAUACCACACAACAGUUCGAAUUGGUCGAUUAUGUCUACCAUGUUCACUACGAGAUGUUGUUAUAUAUAAGAAUGGUUUCAGUGUGAACAUUGAAGAAGUCAGUGUUCGGAGUAGUCUAUUCAAUUCUGAUGUAACAAAAUUAGUUUCAAUUGAAAUUCGGGAUGUACGUAUUAAAAAAGAUAUUGGUGAAGCCAGACGACCACAUUCUUCAGGACCAAAAUCUAGUUUAAUUAAAAGAAUUUCCAGAUCCAACAGCUGGCACAAUGAAACAUCUAAUAGCAGAAAUCAUGAUGAAUUUCCAAGUCUUUCUCAAAAUAAAGUAUUGGAUUUUAGGGAAAUUGAAGUACCGAGAAUUAUUAACACAUUUGCACAGUUUAUGGCUGUGCAAGUUUAUAAUAUAUCUGUAGUUCUAUUGCGUUCUAAAACCCCAGGAUGGUUACUUCAUGCAACUGCACGUGAUAUUCAUCUGGAUGGCAGUAUUGUUAAUAGUGCCAAAUCACUUUUAGUUAAUGUUACACUUGGGGAAGCAGAGGCUAAAAUGCUACACCAUACCCCAAAAGGUUUAUUAGAUAGUGAGCCUUGUUUAGUUGAAUUAUCCUUUGCAAUUAGUUUGGAGGCAAUGUUGAUUGCGCAAGGUCCUAUUUCUGUAGAGAAAUUAAAUAUAACAAUGAAGCACACAAAAUUUACUGUACAUGAAGGAUUGUAUAGCUUUUUAACUGAAAGUAAAAAUAAAUUUGAUCUUCAAAUUGAUGAUACAACUCUAACUGGAAUGAGAGAUAAUUCUAGGAAAGAGUUUAGUGCCCUAUUGCAAUGUUUGAAGUUAAAUACUUGGUUCACACCUAGUUUAAUACCAGAUUUUACUCCUCCUUCUGUAUCGUUAGCCCAAAUGUAUUGUGGAAUAGAAGAAUUUGAAAUUCAUUCUCUUCAGGAAAGGUUGGUUUUGUUGAGGAAAUUUUCUAUAGACGCAAAGUUGGAAGACAACAACAUGGUCAAUUUGUCAGUGAAACUUCAUACCUUACAUUUAUUCUACAAUCACAGAUAUAUACAUACAUGGAUUAGCACAAAUUUCCUUCAUAACAAAGCAUCGGAUUUGAUCAACGUUGCUUUAUCCAAAGAGUACUACAAUAAUUUACGAAGGGCUAAUAGUUAUAACAAAACCAGUGAACAUGCCAAUGAAAACGAACCUAGAUUUUGUAAAAUGGCUUCUAAUGUAGUAGUUGAUGAAAAGAAAAAUCGAUGGCUAGAAACUAUAUUCAGCAAAUUUAUUAUAAAUGGAAGUAUUGUAGAAUUGUGGAAUGUAUGUGCAAUGAUUAAAAUGUAUGAUCAGAGUAUGUCACUAGGAUUUUCACAUUCAAAAUUAAUUUUGGAUCAAUUACCAGAAACUCGGGAUAUCAAACUAUCAAAUAAAAUACUGCACAUGUUACUUGGAAAACGACACUGGUCAACAGAACUUUUACUGGAGUCAUUAUGGUUAAAAGUUUCUACUAAUUCAAAUGAUUUAUUGCAAAUGAAGAAAUAUCACAUAUGGGGCACUUCCGUUUAUUUGGGAAUGGCUUUAGUGAAACUUUGCAGUCAUGGAAAGUCUGGUUGUAAAAUGGAAGCAAUGUUAGAUACAAUCAGAACAGAAUGGAGCCCACAAUUAUCUUUAACACUCAUCCAAGCCUCCAGAUGUGUUCAAGAAUAUAGUAAAAAAUCUACAUCAACAACUAUGAAAGAAUUAAAAGCACCCAAAAGCUCUUUAUCUUUAACCCAAAACAUGAUGUUGAAUAUUUCUUUUACAAAUUUAAACACAUUCUUCAUAACAGAAAAUAAUUUAUGUUCAAUGAUGCGGUUAGAGUCGAUGAUGGUUGAUAACUGCUUUAAUAAAUGUACUUUGAAUAUACAUGGGUUGAAAUUCUGUACAGUAAUGGAAAUCCGUAAACAUUUUCUGUGCCCUAGAGCUGAUGAAAUAGAUGAUUUUUUUGGUUAUAUCAAAACAGCCCGUAUAGACCUAAAGCGUACUUCCAAAUUAUCUGAAUUGACUAUACAAUUAUUAGAAGAAGUGCAUAUGAACUGGAGUGCAAACUUACAUUUACAUUUCAUAGAGUUGCACAAAGAUAUCAAACAAUUUCAAACUGGUAUUAAAACUAGACGAUCGCAAAUAGACGAAGGAGAAAUCUUAGAAAAUACUGAAAAUGAACAAAAACAACCGAGCAAACCUAAAACCAAAUGGUCUAUUAAUGUUAACUUAAAGGGUGAUAUUAGCUUGGAAAUUUUUAUUUCUGAACAACAUCUUAUGAAUAUUUGUGCAGAUGAAAUUAAUAUUACAACGUCCGAGGAUUUAUCUAUAUCUGUUAGUUGUAUUGUGAUAUACAUUGAUGGAGCUGAUAUUUUUACCAUACAAGGUUUCCAAAUGGCUCGAUUGGCGACCAAUGAAAAAGUUGUUCAGGAACGGAAUGUUAAUGAAGAUUUUGUGCUAGCAAAAAAUAAAAUUUGGGGCGUCACUAUACAAUGUUUAAGAGCAGUUUUUCCUUACGAGCAUCAGUAUGCAGAUGCGAUCCACAAUGAAUUUAUUUCUUUAUUUAAAUGGUUAAAAAUAAUUCAUGGACGGCAAAAGAAACCUUUUACAAUAGACUCACCGCUUCCUAGCGAUUUAGUAAUUACGGUCAAAGAAUUUUUAUUUGAAAUGAGUGAUGAUCCAUUCGAAGUUAAAUUGAGGGAUAAUUAUGAACUUUUAGAAGACGAAUAUAAAGAAAGUUUGAAAAGGCAAAAAAUGUUAGAUGCUAAAGUUGCUGAAUUGUGUAAAACGCAUCCUCUGCUGGCAGCUGGAAAAGUUGAAGAAUUAUAUACAAAUUUAUGUAAAAAGAAUGCAGAAAUUUAUGUCCAAAGAUCGCGACUUUGUAGCUCUGGACCGACGCGAACAAGACUUUUUGCUUGGUGUUUAAAUGAGCUUGAAAUUAUAGCUUUAGCUGAUCCUUCAAUACACGGCACCGAAAAUUGCACAAAAGUGAUGCGAAGUAUCGAUCCUGAUAGCCCAUGGCCUGAAGAAGGUAUUGUAUUUACAACGCUCUGGUGCAGAUCUGUAGUAGUCAGUUGCGUGGAAUGGAAAUUUUUAUUACGAGAUUAUCCACAGCCAAUGUUGGACAUCAGGAACCUCACUUUAUUUGGACUUUUAGUUGGUGCAGAACAAGAAGCGCCAAGAAGAGCUAAACGAGAUGUGGUUAUUGAUUUGGGUGAACCAUGGGGUCAACAAACGAUUGAGCGAGGUAUGACGACGUUAAAGUUCUAUCAUGAUUUCAAUUGUGAAGUCGAUCGGUGGAGUUACGCUUUUGGACCUUGUUGGGAACCUGUUAUGGCCCAAUGUAAUCUCAGUUUUGAAAAAAUAUCAUCACCAUCCAGGGAUCCGUCUCCAACUUUACCAUUUUGGGAUAAAAUGAGAUUAUUAUUCCAUGGGAGACUAACAAUGUGGGUCAAACAAUUAACUGUGCUCCUGCACGCGUCCUUAGACCCUUACAAUACAACUGAAGAAAUGGAAUUAUCUUGGUCGGAUGUAGCAAUGGAUUGGACAAAUGCCAAAAUUGUGUUCAAAGGAAAUUUUAAUGUAUACGUAAGAACAGCAUCAAAGUAUGACGACUGUCAAUUAUUAAAAAUACCACAUUUAAAAUUAACUAUUAAAUUACAAUGGAUUUGUUUAGCAAAUCCUAAUGAUCAUCAUUCGGUGAUACCUUGCGCCCCGGAUAAAGUACCGGAAUAUUCCAUCAACCAGGAACAUGAUUCAUUCAGGGCUUUUCGUUCACAAAAUGUGAAUAUUAAUAUAUCAUUUGAAACCAAAGACGUUAUGCCGAAAACCGAAGGAGAUUAUCCGAUUCUAGUUCUUUUCGGAAGCACAUUGCGAUGGUUUGAAAGCCUUAAGCUUAUAUUAUCUGGAGUAACACGACCGACCAGGCGAGGAACAGUCUUCAAAAACGUACGACCUCGAAGAGCGCAACUGAGCAGACAUUAUAAGACUGCUCAUCUAAUUUUUAGUUUACACAAAUUUCAGGUUUGUUAUUGGAUGUCAUUUGCAAAACAGCGCGGAUUUCAAUUAGAUGGUCAGAAGAUAUCUUCAAGUUCUGAACAUAAUUUAUCUUUGCACCCAAUAAACGAUGGUUUACGCCACCGUCCAAGAGCUGAAUGGUCAAUAAUGUACAUGACUUCGCAGCUGGACAAAACAGAUAUUUGGUUGAAAAGUGCUCUGCAGGAGGAUAUUAAUGAUAUUAGAGAAUCUAUGGACAAUCUACCAGUAGAAAAAUGUUUUUGUUUGAGCGUGGAUUCAGUGUCCUAUGGGAGAGCACCAGUAAGAGGUUGGCAUGAAGGCAAUCAGGCCAAUCGUGAUAUAAAUACUCCUACACAUCAGUUAGUUGUUCGAGAUUUGAAAGGAGCUUGGACAAAAAGCAAUAGAGACGUUGCUUUUGCGUUAUUUGAUACAUUUAUGAAAAAUAAGCAAUUGAAAAAAAAUCUUUCGACUGAAGCUUUGAAAGGUUUUAGAAAUGAUAAUAAUUCAACUACACCAUUAAAAUCUAGAAGACCCAAUGAUGUUGCAUCUACUCCUGUAACACAAAGUGCCUCAACUGCAACCCCAUCCCCGCUAAGUAAAGUUCAAUCUGGACAUGCAGCUGCCAUGUUACAACAAUUAAUAGCAGAAGCUGAAAAUAAAGCAUUAGUUUUCAGUGAUGAUUUAUCAGCGCAAAUCAGCAAGGAUCAGCAACUGCAAGGACUUCAGGCGUGUCAGAAUGAUGAUGUUGUUCACAAUAAUUGGCUUAUUGCUUUGGUAAAUUCUCAAGUUUUGCUCAAAGGCUGUGAAACUCAAGGCUACAUAAUACUGAGCGCUGCUAAAGCAGAAAUACUGCAACGGGUUCAUCAACCAGUUUGGAGGGAUAGAAGUUUAGUGCCCAAAACUACAUGGGUUGGUUCUCUUGAAUGCAUGCAGUACUAUGCUACAGUCAGCGCAGGAGAAAGUGAUUCCCUUUAUGAAAAAAUAAUGUGGUUGGAGAAGGAGAAUAUUGAA